AUGCCUGCGCGCUACUUGCUUGUCGGCACCUUCAACACCAACCGUGUCUUCUCCCUCGCCUUCGACUCGGAAGUGGGGACGCUUGAGGUCGCGGCGACGAACGAGGGACAGGCGCCGCACAGCUGGCUCGCGCUGAACAAAGCGAAGGACCGGCUGUACGCAACCUCUUGGACAACGCCUCCUGGCCUCGCCUCCUACGAGAUUGCGCGGAACGAUGCCGGUGUGCCCGUCGUACGGCACCUGAAUUCGGUACAGACGGCCGCGCGAUCAGGCUACGUUUGCGUCUCCGACACGACAGCGUAUUCAGCGGGAGGACCGACGGGCGAAGUCUUCCGACUGGACGCAAAGACGGGCGCGUUUGAGGAGAAGGUGCUGCAGAAGCUGGACUUUGUCGGCGAGGACCGCCAACGAGACGACGGCGGCGUGAUGGACUUUGGCGGGUUGCGGCACGGCAGUCAUUCGUUCGACCUGUCUCCCGACGGCAAGCUCGCCUACGUCGCCGACAUCGGACGAAACGCCGUCUUCGUCUUCCGCGUCUUGCAAGAAGACGGCUCGCUCGUCCUGGCCGACAAGAAUAUCGCGCCGCGCCCAACCGACGGUCCUCGACAUGUCACGCCUCACCCGAACGGACGCUACGUCUACAGCUUGCAGGAACACACGAGUAUGGUCGAUGUCUUCGAGGUGGACGCCGAAGCUGGCAAGCUCUCGCAUGUCAAGGGCAUCAAGAUCAUCCCCAAAGACCACUCGCCCUCGCUCUACUGGGCCGACGAAGUGCGGGUCUCGCCUUCGCAGAAGUACCUCUACUGCUCGACUCGCGGACUCGAGCCUCAAACAAAAGGCUGGGUUGCCGUCUACGGCCUCACGCCCGAAGGUCUGCCAGCCUCGGACGAGCCGCUCUGUCUCUGGGAGACGCCGACUUCGGGCGGAUGGGCGAACGCGGUCGAGCCUGCGCCUGAAGCGUAUAACAAGGCGGACUGCGAGUAUGUUGCGUUGACGGACAGCGAGGACGGGCUGGUCAUGAUUCUUGGCUGGGACGGGAAGGAGAUUCGCGAAAUUGCGCGGACGAAGCUGGAGGGCGGAGCAGGAGCGGCGACUGCGGUGUGGCUGUAG